CCGCCCCUCAGUUCAGACAUACCGUACUCCAAGGGAUUCGCCCAACAUGCCAUCUCCCACUCCACUCCCAACCUAUUUCAUCGGCCACGGUGGCGUCUCCAUCCUCUUCAAACCGGGCUACGGCCCCGUCCAACACGACCUCCGCCAAAUCGGGCGGGAGAUCCACCAACUCCGGCCCGAAGCCAUUGUUGUAGUCAGUGGUCACCACCAAAGUGAGACCCCGGGGUCGGUGGAAGUCAACCUCAAAGAACCCACCAAGGUGUGGCACGAUCUGGGACCUAGCUGGAGGACUACUUUCCCGCACGUCUUCGAGUACGGGUACCCGCACCGGUCAUCGCGUGCGUUAGGGGAUCAGGUCCUGCAGCAUCUCCGGGACCAUGGAAUUGGUGCCGAGGGUGUGGAGCGGGAUUUGGAUCAUGGGGUUUGGGUCCCCUUCAAACUCAUGUUCCCUGAAGGAAGUCCAGAGGAAUUGAUCGACGUGCCCAUUCUCCAGAUCUCGUCCUUUGCGGGAGAGGAUUAUGCGGCGCAUGUCGAGCUGGGUCGGGUGUUGGCGAGACUACCCGGUCGCAUUCUCGUCAUCGGCUCGGGAAUGUUAUGUCACAACCUUCGGGCCACCCGCGAGAGCACAGACCUGACCGUCGUCAAAGCAAUCGAGUCAGCGGCACUGCAGAUUCUGGAGACAUCGCCCCAAACGACACGGGGUUUGACAGAGGGAUUCCUACAGUUGCCGCAGCGGGCGGACUGGCCACUCGCUCAUCCAACGGUGGAGCAUGUUCUGCCGUUGUAUGUGACAUUGGGAGCGGGAAAGGAGAUCCAAUCUGCAGAAGGGAAGGAGGGACUCGAGGAAAAGGAGGUGGAAUUGUGGAAUCGGGAUCGAUACAUUGUCGGUCAGUCGUAUUUGUCAUUCCGGCUGGGACGGGUGUCGACUUAGAAUUGAAUUGAGAGACUCCUCACCCUUAUUUGCAAGGGCUUAGCAGGCGCAAGGUGCUGAAGGUGAAUAGUUCAGCGUGUCACGGAAGGGAUGCGCCUCGAAGCUUGAGGCAGGUACAAUUCGUUGAUAUCUGCCAGCGGACGGUAAGCUCCCAAGACAACCCAGAAGUAUCGAGUUCUACCAGAAUCUCCGAGUGAGUGAGAUUAUUCUAGAAGAAAGAUAGAAGGAAGCAUU